AUGUAUCAUAAGGUCCCGUUUGAGGAAAGAGUUUUCACCGUGCUCCAGUGGCUGCAGCUUCCUGAGGACCAAAGACCAGAUUUCUACACGCUGUAUCUGGAGGAGCCGGAUAAAUCUGGACACAGCUACGGUCCUGUGAGCGGAGGGCUGAUUGAAGCCGUCCAGGGCGUGGACAAGAUCAUGGGUCAGCUCAUGAACGGGCUCAAACAAAUCGGCCUCCACCGCUGCCUCAACAUCAUCAUCGUAGCCGAUCACGAUGAGGACGAGCUUUAA